CCGGAACUGCACGUUAUGGAACGGACCAGGAAGCGGCUAGUGACAUUCCCAUGCUUGAGCAGAGGACGAGCAGAGUACUAAAUAGUGGCACUACUCUGAGAGGAGGUUAUCGGGGUUAACACCCUCCGGGUGAUGAUGGCGGUGGGCUUGAGUUGGAGGUUACUGUGCAGUGCGCGGAAGCAGCUGCUGAGCCGUAUCACAGCAGGCACAGAGAGAAAUAUCCCCUGUGUGUUUAUAGCUAGAGGUAUCCAGAGCAGCACCUGGUGGGAUGAACACCUCUCUGAAGAAAACAAACAAUUUCUAAAGCACUUGACUGCAGAAGAGUAUAACGCUCAAACAGCAAGCAAGCUAUGCCCUCUAAAAGAUGAACCUUGGCCCAUAAAGUCAUGGGAACCUGGUUCCAACAGGGUUGGUUUGAUUGCAGUGAAGUUAGGGAUGAUGCCGAUAUGGACUAAAUCUGGUGAGAAACAUGCAGUUACCAUGCUACAGGUUCGUGAUUGUCAUGUUAUCAAAUAUACACCUAAGGAAGAAUUUGAUGGAAAAACGUCAUCUCUUACUGUAGGAGGAAAAAAUGUAUCACCUUUUUAUAAAUCAGAAUCUGUAAUGGAAAUGUAUCGAGAAGCUGGAGUGCCUCCAAAGCAAAAAAUCAGCAUAUUUAAAGUGUCCGAUAAUGCUAUAAUCAAGCCAGGGACCCCACUUUAUGCUGCACACUUCCGUCCUGGACAGUUUGUGGACGUUACAGCGAAAACAAUUGGCAAAGGAUUUCAAGGUGUGAUGAAAAGGUGGGGGUAUAAAGGUCAGCCAGCCUCUCAUGGGCAGACCAAAACACACCGGAGACCUGGAGCAAUUUCUUCUGGAGAUCCAGCUCGUGUUUUCCCUGGAACAAAAAUGCCUGGAAGAAUGGGUAAUAUUUACAGGACAUCAUAUGCCCUCAAGGUUUGGAGAGUAAAUACAAAGCAUAAUAUUAUUUAUGUCAAUGGUUCUGUUCCAGGACAUACCAACUGUUUAGUAAAGGUGACGGACACAAAAUUGCAUGGGAAAACAGGCAGUGAAAACCUUCCCUUCCCUACAUUUUUCGCUGAUGGAGAUGAGGAAUUACCAGAAGAUUUAUAUGCUGAAGACGUUUUCCAGUUCAGUGAACCCUCAGUUAAAUAUACUUGAUGUUAGUUAAUGAUAAUGGAAAGGUUAUGUCAUUAUAAAAAAAUGAAUCAAGUCUAGAGAUGGUUUUCAGCUUGUGAACAAACAAAAGGGCAUCAACCAAAGGGGAACAAAUGAAAUACUCUGGCACUAUUAGCAGUGUGUUUGUUCCUUAACAGCCAUUUCCUUUGCAUUGGUUCUGGAUCUCGUAGAUCCUUCUUUUUUUUUUUUAAAUGUAUUUGUAUGCACUGUGUUCUGAACCCAUUAAAUGUUUCUGAAAUAUCUGAUUUAUUGAAUAAAUUCUCUGUUUCAUAA